GAUGUCACUCUGAGCAUAUGCAGACGCGUUCUGUGACACAAAGACGCGUUUGUACUGAGAAACCUUAUUUAAAUUCAAUUUCAAUAUUAAGUUUCUUCCUCCUUAAACCCCACCCUUUCCACAAUUCCAUCCUUCACCACCAGGAAUUUUCGGAUGCGAUCCUCUCGGGGGCACAAUUUCACAGUAACAACUGACUGGGAGAUUUUCUCCACCAAGCAGACACCAUGUCUCAGGCCGCCGGCCGUCCAUACCUUGGUAUGUGACCAAGAUCACGGAUGGAGCUUCAAAGCUCCCUGCAAGCCUGCCCUAACACUUCAGCAGGUACACUCUCUACUCUUCCUAUCGAACUUCGCGAGCGUAUUUAUGGUCUCGUCGUGGACCUCAACGAACCUAUUCCUGUUGAUUCCGACCUUGCCAACCCCUCUGACCCUUACGCCCAUCAUCCAAACUGCACAUGCUCCCGCUCAGUCACCAAGAAGAAAUCCCCUCCGAAGCUUGGCCUCCUCCUUGUCUCCAAGGCAAUUCACAAUGAAACGAGAAUCGUUCUCUUCCGCGUCAACGAUUGGAAUAUUGAGGUAGAGGAUGAUAACGAUGGUUCAUUUAUCAAGUCAGAACCAAAUGUCAGCAUAAUGGGGAGGUCAGGCUGGAUGAUGCAGUUCUCACACGGCUCUAUGCGAAGCAAGUCUGAAUUUACUCCUCUGCAGACGGCAGCGUUGGACAGAGACAAUAUGUGGGCUGAGUUACGGUCCGUUCACGUCAGCGUGGGCGCUCCACGAGCGUACGGAGGUGGUGGAAUCCGCGAAUAUGAUAUUCUGCCCUGGAAGAGACAAACGAGGCCAGGUCCCGAACGACCAUCUUUCGUGCCAUUGCUCAAGGUCAUUGACAACAUCUGUGACCUGUUAGGAAACUGCAGACAAUUACACAUGUUGAGAAUCUCAAUACGAAGUAUCGAGAAGAUUCCGGGCAGCAUAGAGUUGGUUCUGCAUCCGUUCAGGCAAUUGCGUCGCGUCAAGAAGACCAGUGUAGUCUGUAUGGGAAUUCAAGAUGAUAUGUGGGUUGACUGGAACUUGAAGGGCAGCUAUGGAAGAUACCUUGAUAAGAUUCUCGGUAUGCCUGAUGGAGCCAAGGCACCGAAGUACGUUGGUGAUAAGAAGGAGCCAAAGCAGAACGACAAAGAAAUAUUUGACAUGAUUGGAGCCAGAUGGUGUGGUGGAGACAUCGUUGCUUACCCAACUAGAGAUGAUGGGGAUGAGGAUGAACCUGAUGAUGACGAUGAUGAGCAGGGUUCUAUGAAUGACGACGAAAUGGCCGAAUUUGAGGCAUUCCUAGACCACAUGGGCAUGCCAGGUCCCAUGAUGGGUGCGUUGGGGAUAGGCUGGGGCACAGACUCUGAGGAAGAAGAUGAUGAGGAUGAUUCAGAAGAAGACUUUUCGGAUGAAGAUGGCUCAGAGGAAGACGAAGAGGACGAGGAUGAUUCAGACGAUGAAAUACCGGCCUUUGUAUACGCUGCUCUUGCUGGGUUGGGACCCUUACCUGGAUUUGUUGGAGACAGUGAACAGGAGGAUACAGAUGAUGAAAUGCCGGAAUUGGUUUUGUUCAGUCCUCAAAGCACCGACCCGGCGUCUCAUAGAGCUGAUGGAGGAGGUGAAUGGGAGGAUACGGAUGAUACAGAUGAUGAUAUGCCAGAAUUGCUACCUUCCAGCAUUGAAAAGCCGGCUGAACCAGAGGGGUUUCAUGAAAUGGUGUCUGAGGAUGUGGAUUAGAUGAUCACCAGGCAAGACCAGGCAAUCAGCAAUGUGGCGCAAGAUGGCGUUGGGAUGGUGUUAGGUUGUUAUGUCAAGUCUGCUGGCGUUUAUGGAUAUCAAUAUCUGACAGCUUAUGCUCGUCUAGCUAAACUGUCAUGUCAAAGGCUUUUCGUUGCAGGCCAGAAUAGUAUUUGCGCAAUCAAUUACAUCGA